AUGACAAUUUUAUUAAUUAUUCCUUGGUUUAGUUAUUUAGUAGCUGAAGGACUUAAAAUGUCUGGUAUUUUAAGUAUUCUUUUUUGUGGUAUUACUUUAGUUAAAUAUACUUUACCAAUAGUAUCUGAAAACGCGAAAAAAACUAACUAAAAAUUAUAUAGUAAUUUAUCUUAUCAUUUCUAAAAUAUUGUUUUUUUAUUUAUUGGAGUUGGCUUAGUUAGUUUUGAUUUGGCAUGGGAGUAUAUAUUAUUAUUUAUAUGUUGUUUUUUUUUUAAUAUAUAUAAUAUAUAUAUGAAGAUUUGUUAAUAUUUAAGUCGUGUCUUUUUUUUAAAUAAUAGGAGAAAGCAUAAAAUUAAUAGUUCUUUUAAAUUCAUUUUAUGGUUUUCGGGUUUAAAAGGGUGUACUUCAUAUGCUUUAGCUAUGAACGCGAAUGAAAUUUUUAAAGAUAAUUAAUAAGGAAGAAUUAUGUUAACUAUAACUUUACUUUUUUCGAUUAUUAAUGUUUUUUUUUAUUUUAUUUUUUUAUUUUUAUUAUUAUUUAUUAAUUUUAAGAUUUUUAUACAUUCGUCAAUUUUUUAGUUUAUUUCAAAAAAAUAUAAUUCAAAGUAAAGUAAAAAAAAUAUUAUUUUUUUGAUUUUUUUUUUUAAAAAAAAACAAAAAUAAAGGAUGAGUGAAUAUUAAGAAAAUGAAUAAAAAAAUAUAGAAAUAGAAAACUAAAUAAAUGCAAAUAAAGAAUAUAAAGGUUUUUUUCAUUAAUUAAAAGAAACAUUUAUUAUAUUUGAUAAAAAUUUCUUGUAGAAACUAUUAUAUGAGUAUGAAAAAAUAAAUAUAAAUUUUAAUAUUUUUUUAAAAAAAAAUAGUGAUAUUUUUAAUCAAGAAAAUCAAGGAUAAAAAAAUAUUUUAGAAGAUUAGUAAAAUGAAGAAAAUAAAAAUUAAAACUCAAAUUUAGAUAAUAAUUAAGGUAAAAUAAAAAUAUUUUAUAUAUUUUAUUAAUAAAAAAAUAAGUGA